AUGGCCUCAUCUUCACCUCGUAGUGGAAUUUCUUUGCGAACAACAUCCAUUUCGGAACCAAAAUAUUUUUUGAUUACAAUAACAAAUUUUCCCAAUCUUUUGAAUCGGACACAAGUCUACCAACAACCAUCAAAUAAUGAAUUACAACAACGACUUCGAGGUGGAAUGCUUGUUCCAAAUGAACGAAUUCAUUUUGGUCUAGCUCAUUCAGAAGAACAUGAAUUAAUAUUAUACAAUACACUUCGAUUUGAAUUAGAAGAAUGUAUUCGUGCCUAUCUUCAACGAACUCAACGAUUAUAUCCUAUUAAUUUAGUAUUUAAUUUAUCAGAUAUAGACCUACGCCGAUAA